AUGCCCGCCCUUACUACCACCCAAGAACCCCAAGCCCAACUCCGCCCACGCACCACCUCCCCUCCGCCUCUCUUCAACCACCACCACACGCCUCGGAAAUCCCACGAUCGAUCGUCGCUGAGUAAUGCCUUUGUCUGGGCCAGUGAAGCCAAUGGCGAGCACGGCCACGUCGAUCCGCCCUCCGAGUUCUUCAUGACAAACUUCAAGGCUGGCAGUUUCCAGUCGCUGCCUCACACCAACAAGUCCGUGGUUUCUUCGCAUGGACGCGAGAGAUCGCAUUCGCGGAAUGGGAGUUUGCUGUCCGUGGGUGCGGGGUCGUUGAAGGACAAGGAACAUGCAAGACAUUCACUGGCAAACGGGAUUGAUGCCCAGGUGGAUGGGCCGCACGGCGUUGGUUUGCCAAACGGCGCUCAUGGUCUGCCUCAUCCAGUGGCCGCGAGACCUGUGGUGAAUGGCGAUCCGUCAUCGACUGAUGGAUUAUCGACCGAACACACUCCCCCAACCACCGUCGUUCCUUCGCCCAUCGCUGAGCACACUGGACUUGCUCCGUCUCGACAGUCAUCGCAGACAGUAAAUCGACAUUCCUCGCCUCCAUCUACGCUGCAAACAGACCUUGAACAGUCGACUUCACCACCUAGCCCUCGUAGCCCGCGUCUCGCUCAUCGGCAUACCCUCCAGGUCCCCAGGACAACGUCUGGAAGGAGAAGCGUCCGCGAAACAUUUGCCCCAAGCCCAUCCGAGGAUAAUUUGGCCUCGAGUGAUCGAUUUUCUUCCGUGUCCGGUUUUCGAAGGGGAUCUCUCAGCCUGGCGCGCCGAACCCCAAGGUCCGUCCAGUCAGAUCUUCAUCUGGACGAUGGUACUCCACAAGAUGAGGAAGCUGCACGGUGGACGGAAGCAAUCAAGCAUAGACGGGCAAGCAAGCGGAGAAGGAGAGAUGAGGAGGAUGAAGACCGCGUUAUCGUUGGAACCAAAGUGGAUCAAAACCAUGUCAACUAUGUGACAGCAUAUAACAUGUUGACUGGUAUCCGCUUUACGGUCUCAAGGACGAACGCAAAGCUGGACCGUGAGCUCACGGACGCUGAUUUUGAAGCUAAACACAAGUUCUCUUUCGAUAUAACUGGUAACGAAUUGACGCCUUCCGCCAAAUAUGAUUUCAAGUUCAAAGAUUAUGCCCCGUGGGUGUUUCGGCGCCUGCGGGCCAAAUUUCGACUCGACCCGGCUGAUUACUUGAUGUCGCUCACAAGUAAAUACAUUUUGUCGGAAUUGGGUUCGCCGGGCAAGAGCGGAAGCUUUUUCUACUUCUCUCGCGAUUACAAAUACAUCAUCAAAACCAUUCACCACGCCGAGCAUAAAUUGCUUCGCAGAAUACUCAGGGAUUAUUAUGAGCAUAUUGAAAAUAACCCGAAUACGCUGAUAUCACAAUUCUACGGUUUGCACCGCGUCAAGAUGGCGUAUGGUCGCAAGAUUCAUUUUGUCGUCAUGAAUAACUUGUUUCCUCCGCAUCGAGAUAUCCACCAGAUGUUUGAUCUUAAAGGGUCUACCAUCGGAAGAGAUUUCCGAGAAGAGGAUCUGGUGAGCAAUCCGAGAGCGACCUUGAAGGAUCUAAAUUGGCUGCGGAGAACUCGACAUCUUGAGUUGGGUCCAAUGAAACGAGAUAUAUUCCUAGCACAACUGCGGAGAGACGUGGCUCUUCUCCAGCGGCUAAAAAUCAUGGAUUAUUCACUACUCAUCGGAAUCCACGAUGCAGCAAAAGGCAAUGAGGAGAAAUUGCGAGACAAGACGUUGCAGGUUUUCCAGCCCGGUGGAGAAGGAAGCGAAGAACAGCAAGCGAAUGUGUUGAUGCGCACGCCCUCGCGGCUCGAAAAUGCUCGGAAAGCGAGGGAGUUGCGGGAAAUCAUCAAACGCGAGAAACCAAUUCCAAUGGAGCAAACCACGGCAAGAAUGCCCGAUGAAAUCCUUGACGAGCGGAAAAACCAUGUUUUCUAUUCAGAUGAGGGCGGACUCAUGUCGACGCAUGAAAAUGGAAACCCUGGAGAGGAGAUCUAUUAUCUCGGUGUGAUUGAUUGCUUGACACAUUAUGGUAUGAUCAAGAAGAUGGAGCACUUUUGGAAAGGCCUUUCUCAUAACAAGACCCAAAUUUCGCCUAUACCUCCCGUUGCGUAUGGCGACCGGUUUAUCAACUUUGUGUCGCUAAUUACCAAAUCAAAGGAAGAAGUCGAACGAGACUUGGUGAAUCAAGAGAACGCCCAGGAUCAGCCAGUAAUGGAUAAAGGAGAUAUCGACCGAACCGCUGACCGCUCGCCUGCUGAGCGAGCGAUGGAUCAAGCGGCGAAGGAAGCUGUGAAGUCGUCAAAAACCCUGGAGAAACAGCCAGAACCCCGUGAUCGCGUUUUAACAACCGUUCGAACGCCCGAUGGCGACUUAGCAAGCUCGGCCACGCCUUCAACCCAGCUACCGGUCGUUGAAGAGGUUGGAGAGGGAAGUAGCACUGGCGGCAGAAGCGGGCAGAGCGGCUACCAGAAUGAUGAACCACAGGAGUUUGCGCCAAACGGCAUAUUAGCCUCUGAUCCGCGUCGGUGGACAUUUCGUACCGCGUUAACACCUCCUGGCCCUCCGCCUGACCGGCCACCGCCUCCGCCAAAAGUGGAUUCUUCUCCUUCGCGUCACAAGGGAAAGGCUGCGAUGAGAGACAGCCCUCCGUCACGAGAUAAAGAGUUACCCAUGCUUCCUUUCGAUUCUCAUCGAUCUCCUUCACCAAACCUUUUGAAUCCUAACGAUCUCCGUCCCUCCAAUGUUUAUGUCCAUCCAAGAUAG